CACACGCACGCACACACAUACCUUAUACUCUGAAUGCAAGCAUUAGUUUAAAUUCACUGGUAUGGUUUCAGGCCAGAAAGAUUUAUUAAAAGCAUGAACGUGUGAAUAAUUAUUAGUGACACGAGGCUACAUUUAGCUGACAGGACACGGGCUGAAUGGCGGUGCAUGGUGGCCCAUUCGGAGGUAGUUUAUAACGUCGCACUGUGUUAGCGUCGUUAACAAAUAACUGGCUAUCGCAAACAUUACAUGGAGCAUAACGUUAGCUGGUUUCACGGCAACAACGCCGGCUGCCUCAAACAAAUAUGAUAUAGGACCGUACAGGUGCUUUGCUAAAUUCCAGGUGUUUCCUCGCUUUGUUUGAAAUGAACGAUAGCAUCGGUUGCACACCGGCUUCACAGCAUCAAUUAUAUGUUUGUUGUCGUCCACCUCGAAUGCAAAGUAUUUCCAUAUUCCAUACCACCUCUCCUCUCAACGAGUCGGGGCGGAGCUAAACUUCUGUAGUUUUUCCCUUGUGCUUGUAGUUCUUGUCUUCUUCACCACUUGUGGACCGACUAAAACACUUGCGCGUAUUUGCUGCCCCCAUCAGCUCUGGAAGAAUUGCAACCCCGGUGCCUCCAUCAUAAUCGGUUCCUAUGCUAGUGCAAAAAAAACAAGUACCGCCACUUUUUAAGAAUGUUGGUACCGAAGUAUCAGUUCUCGUUACAUCCUUACUGUGAACUGGCUGUUACUCUAGAAUCAAUAAUGUAUUAGAAUGAGCACGUUUAAUGAAUAUAAAAAUGUGCUUUGUCUUGGAGCUGGAACUACUAUAAGAGCUGUAGUUAUGGAAAAUGAAUCGACGCAUUCUGACCAAUCAGAAUCGAGCAUUGAACAGCCCUUUUUUUUGUCUUCUGCAGGAGCUUUAUGUUUCACAAUGAAUCAUCUUUCAGCUGUAUUUGCAAUAUAUAUAUUUUAUUAGUUAGGCAUGAUUGGCUACGACAUUGGUGCGAUAUCAACCGUAGACUGUUUGGCUUAGCUAAAGUUAACUAGCUAAGGCUAUAUAGCAGUUUGAUCGAUAGUCGUGCUCACAAGCUCCACAUUCUUGUCUGGUUGAUAGCUGGUGGCGGCUAGUGUAUUUAUAGUCUGAUUUGUUUUCUUUAUAAUACAAGGUGGGGGGGUCACGGUGGCUUAGUGGUUAGCACAUUUGCCUCGCACCUCCAUGGUCCUGUGUGCGCGGAGUUUGCAUGUUCCUCCCGUGCUUCAGGGGUUUCUUUAGGGUACUUCAGUUGCUUCCCAAAGACAUGCACUGUAGGCUGAUUGGCAUUUCCAAAUUGUCAGUAGUGUGUGAAUGUGUGUGAGACUGUACACUGUGAUGAAUUGGCACCCCGUUCAGGGUGUCCCCCACCUGACCUCCAGGCUUAGGCUCCAGGCUCCCUCUUGACCCUGUGCAGGAUAUGGAAAAUGGAUGGAUGUAACACAAGUGUUCUGGAAACAGGACACACACACAAGAAUCAACAGUUUCAUAAUUACAGCAUUUCAGGUUCACACCUUAUGUGUUGGCUUAUUUUUAUUAGGGUACUAUUAAUUUGUUCUUUUUGUACUCUCCAGGCAUUAAAAGCACUUCCAUUUGACUCCACACAGUGAGGCGAAAACAGCCACAUGAACUGCAGCUACAUGUCCUUAUGAGGUAAGACUGUGUAGCCUGUUAUUUGUUACAUUUGUUGGGCUGUCUAUCCGUAAGAAUCAUAUCUAUACUAGCUAAUGUUAUUUUAAAUGUUACACCCACACACAUGAAGAGUAAAUGUUUUGAUCACUAAGCUCCAGUCUUAAACUGAUUUACUCUUGAUUAACAGGAUUUCCAAUGACGUGUAAAAAAAAAAAAAAAAAAAAAAAAAAGAGGAAAACCUACGUGUUUUGCUUUCUUCUUUCAGUUUAUAUUACCAUUUGCCCUAAAGGGAAACAGACUGAGAUGAAGCAGAAGUACAUGAAAUAAAGACCUGCCUGCAAGUCAGAAAACGAUGCCAUUUCCAUCCCCCUGCAUAAGACAGAAAAGUGAAGUGGUGUUCUCGGUGCGGUGUCCUUGUCUGUAAAAACAGAUAAGGUGGUUAUUUGUAGCAGAUCCAUGGACUACCUCAGGUACUCUCUAUACACACGGACCAAACUCGGCUACAUGUUUCACAAACGCCAGAUGAGAAAAGCAAGGGAGAAGUACCCGACUGGCCACUCUAGAACUGAGCCCACAACAAUAAACGGAGUCAAGAUCAUUCCAUUACCCAUCUUGUCUGACAACUACAGCUAUGUGAUCAUUGACACAGCAUCGGAUGUUGCCGUGGUGGUGGACCCCGCUGAUCCUCGCUCUGUCCAGAGUUGUCUGGAAGAGGAAGGGGUGACUUUAGAAGCCAUUCUUUGCACACACAAACACUGGGACCACAGUGGAGGAAACAGAACUCUAAAAAGGCACCACAGCUCGUGUAGGGUGUAUGGAAAUGCUAUGGAUAACAUCCCUGCUCUUACAAACCCUCUGACGGACAAGGAUGUCAUAAAUAUCGGGACACGGCUGCAGUUUAGAGCUUUCUACACCCCUGGCCAUACUGUGGGUCACAUGAUCUACCUCCUGGAUGGCAGAACUUUCGGGGGUCCCAGCAGCGUCUUCUCAGGAGACCUGCUUUUCCUCUCAGGAUGUGGGCGAAUGUUUGAAGGCACUGCUUCAACAAUGUUAUCAUCACUGGACACUGUUGGCUCACUGAACGGUGAUACUCUACUCUGGCCUGGUCAUGAAUAUGCUGAAGAUAAUUUGCUCUUUGCUGCAGAGGUGGAGCCUGGUAAUGUGGUGCGUGAACAGAAGUUACAGUGGGUCUUGCAACAACGAGGUCAACGACUGUGCACAAGCCCAUCUACUCUGGAGGAAGAGAAGCAGUACAAUCCAUUUUUGAGGAGCCACGCUCUGGAUCUUCACCAAGCUCUGGGCCUGCAGCAGAACCAAGAUGAGGACUGGACCUCGUAUAGGGCUCGGGUUUUAGAGGAGCUACGCAGACGAAAGGACAUUUACAAGGGGCGAUAGGUGCCACAAUAGGUGCCACAAUAGGUGCUUAGAUUAGGAGGAAGAAACCAAUAUAAAUCCAUUCCAAUUGGCCCUGUUGUAUUCCUCAUUCAGAAUGCCUGGUAUUGCUCCAGAAGGAGAUCACACAAAUUGAAAUGCAGGCUUUGAAGUGAAAUGUAAAGGCUGGAUUUUGCACACUGAUACUAAGCUUUAUAUUGGCAUUAUUGAGAUGCAUUUGGUUGAACACUGAGGCUAACAUGACUGUGUGGGAGUUUUUUUCUGACUUUGUAGAGUGAUUUCUAUUCUAACCUAGAUUUGUUUCUAUAUUUAAAAUAUAGAAAAUGUAAACAUUACUAGCUCUGCACAGAACAGUACUCUGUUUGUUUUGAUUAAAGCUUCCAUAUGAACUGAUUAAUAUAACUAGUAGGCACUUUGUGUUAUGUAUUAUGUACAUUAUAUCUACCUUAUACACUUAUUCACAGGCCAUUUCAUUAGGUAUACCUAGAGUGUAGAGGCACUUUGUGUAUAUACACUUAUUUACUGUAGCCCAUUUGUUAUGCACAAUUGGUUGGGCACCCAUCCAAGCAACCAAAGAGUCUAUUUAUGACCAGGUAUUAUUUGGGCUGUGGACCAUUUUCUACACAGCAGUUACAUGCCCAACUGACACACAAUCUAAGGCUAGUAAUAAAUGUAAUUAAAUGAUGUAAAUGUAUUCUAAAGAGAUGUUUAUAUAACAUUGAAGGAAGGAGUCUCCAGUGUCAGCAUGUUCUAGCAGUAAAAUUUUCACCAUGAGAAAGUCUUCAGGAUGGAAGACUGUUAUGGUCUUAUGGUCUUCCAUUUCCAUUGAUGGAGAGAUGACCGCUUUUUAUAACCCCGUUUUGAUUAUAACAGCCUCACUCUUCUGGAAAGGCUUUCUACAUGACUUUGGAUUGUGUCUGUGGGAAUUUGUGCUGAUUCAGUCUAAAAGGGCAUUUAUGCGGUCAGGCACUAAUAUUGAACGAGAAGUCCUGGCUUGCAAUCGACUUCCAAUUCAUUCCAAAGGUUUUCAGUGGGGUUGAGGUCAACGCUCGCUGCAGGCUACUGGAGUUCCUCCACACCAAAUUCAUCAAACCAUGUGUUUAUGGACCUCACUUUGUGCACAGGGGUACAGUCAUGAUGGGACAGGAAAGGACCUUCAGCAAACUAUUGCCACAAGUUUGGAAACAUACAGUUGUCUAAAAUGGCUUUGUAUGCUGUAGCAUUAACAUCACCCUUCCCAGGAACUAAUGGGCCCAAACCCUGAAAAUCAGCCCUAGAAUAUUAUCCCUUCUCCACAAAACUUUACUCUUGGUACUAUCCAUUCCAGUAGAUACCAUUGUCAUGGCAUCUGCCAAACCCAGAUUCGUCCAUCAGACUACCAGAUAGUGAAAGGUGAUUCGAGCACGUAUCCACUGCUCCAGUGUCCAGUGGUGGUGUGAUGUACACCACUCCAACUUAUGCUUGGCAUUGCACAUAGAGAUCUUAGGCUUGUGUGCACUUGCUUGGCUAUGGAAACCCAUUUCAUGAAGCAUUUAGCACAGUUCUUGUGUUGAUAUUGCUGUUGUGCUGCUGAUCCAACAGAGGCUAGGCCAUUUUCACAUGGUACGCGGUUCAGAAUUCUUCAGCCGUGCUCUUUGAGUUUGCAUGCUCUACCACUUCAUGGCUGAGCAGCUGCUGUUCUUAGAUAUUUCCAUUUCACCAUAAUAGCACGUACAGUUGAGCAGAAUCGAUCUAGCAAGGCAGACAUUUUAUAAACUGACUUGUGACAGAGGUCGCAUCCUAAGACAGUGCCACGUUUAAAGUCAGUGAGCUCUUCAGUAUGACCCAUAGUACUGUCAGUGUUUGUCUAUGGAGAUUGCAUGGCUAUGUGUUUGAUUUUAUGCACCUGUCAGCAGUGAGUGUGGCUGAAACACCAAAACUCAGUCAUUAGGAGCACCUACAAUGUGCACCUAUUGGGUAGGUCUUGAUUAUUAAAAAUGCUAUUGUUCUGUGCAAAGCUAACCGUAAACACCGAUGUAGUGAUUUGAAUAAUGAGCCUGUGUAAUAAUGGUACUGGUACUAAAUGUACUCCACUUUUUUCCCCCCGUCUGUGAACAUUAAACCGAACAACUCAAAUUUUGUUAUCUCUUAAAAAGUGUAUGGUUAUAUUGUAUACACAAACAGCAAUAACUCUGGUAUAGGAUUCUGGAAGUGUGCUUGUGGUAGCAUUUCUGUAACAAACAACAUACACCGUGUACCAGUUUAAGGCUUUCCGUAGUAAAUACAAUCAUUUCAUAAUAUUAUAACCUAGUAAGUAAUUAAUUAAUUAAUUAAUUCAUUCAUUCAUUCAUUAUGGCCUACAGUCCGUCUCGCUGUUUUGAACUGUAGGAUUCUCA